GCUGGUAAUAAAAUCUGCCAGAGAUUAAAAUAGCUUAAAAAUCUUCAGUGAGCUGAGCCGAAAUCUGAGCACGGGACAAGAACAAUCCCAGAGCAGAAGGGAAGAAAUAACUGAGUAGUGAGGAGGAUGGAGUCCUGCUUCCCAACAGUCCCAGAGGCACAGCGCUGGGUUUCCACCAGAAGGAAAAGGUGCUCUGUGUGCCCCUGGACCACCUUUGAAUUCAACACCAGAACCCCAAGUCAUCGCUGAUCCCAAGCGACUUUUAUACUGUUAGAUUUAAGAGGCUUUGGCCAUUCCUUGGAUCUCUUCAGAGGUGCUUAGCAAGGAUAUUGAAAAACAUGUACAAUUAAGUAUCCACAUUUUUAGGUGUUAAAAUACUUCCUGUAUUGCCUUACAAUCUCUAUCAGUGAAGCAAUCAGACUGGCUUUUGGAAAUGCAGCCGGCACGGGGUGAACGCUUGGUUGCAGCCCAAAAAGGCAGUGCUUUACUUGGCUGGAGCACCCGAAAUCUAGUCCAGCUUGUAUAAACGCUUUCAGCUACACACCACUGACAGAAGAUUAAUUAGUCAGGAAGUCAAGAAGGAACACGCGCAAUCUGAACCCUCCUUGGCUAACCACAUAAAAGGAAGAACAAAAGCUGUUCCUUACUGCACAACCUCCUCCGGUUCCCUGGAGAUGCCAAUAUAUAGGUACUGCACUGCUGCUGCAGCACGUCGGCAUUUGUUUUCUAAAGCGGAGAAAGAAAAGCUUGUUUGGCCACCAAAACAACUGGGUACAACAACAGGACACAUAACUUUUAGAGGGUCUCCAGCCCAGCCAACACACGUUCAGACUACAGAGAGAGGUGUCGUACGCAAGAAUCCUGCAGUGAGGAGCGCAGAGCCCUGAUUUCUAAGGAUAACCACUAAACUAGACACAUAUUUUGAACUGUCACCAGCUGCUAGAUCAAAGAGCCUGACGACGCUUCAAGGCUUACUUUGCAGCCUUCUAGAAAACUUCAUGCUAAGGUUGCUGGAGAUAAUGAGCUGAAAAGCACUGCUAAGGCAGAAAGGUGUCAUAACUCAUCCUGCACGCAGGGAAUUCUGCCAGCGACUCCCUAAGAGACGUGCUUGUGGUGCUCUGGAAGGAAUCGGGAAGCAAAACCGCUCAGGAAGGACGGGUGUUCUUCACCGCAGGACAACACAGCUGGAGGAAAGACCCAUCUCAGCUGCAAUGAGCAAGUGAACCCGCUCAGGAGAUGCGGCAUACGCAGGCAGACCACAACAUUCACAAGAGAGAAAGUGUUCUGCCCCCUCUCAGAACAAAGCACCAUCGGGAGCGGGAGAAGGAAAACAAACCCAGCAGGAACAGAACAAAAGAAGAAACCUAAAAAUACCGCUUUGUGAUCAGCUGGGAACGUGCUGCCACCUGCGGAUGAAACAGCCAAGCCACCUUGAAUGCAACGCGCUGCACACCAGCGUCCUGUCCUUACAAAAGGCCACCAGCACGGGGAGAUUAACGGCUUCAACGCUUUCUUUUGAGGGGUUUUCGAGUUGUUUGGUUUUUUAAUUUUCUUUUAGGCUUUUCCCCGCUUUCAUAGCAAUGGCUCGCUUUGCUCACUGCUAAACACAUCAGUGCUAAAAUAUAACGUAUUGUAUAUGCACAGCCUUGGAAUGAUACCGGCUACCUGAUGAAGGGUUGGCAGAUGUCUCUCGCUACAUCUUAGUAAAAUGGGUUCUUAUAUUAAACUCCAGCUAAUCCUGGAGCAACAGGAUAGAAAUCUCCCUCUGCUAACUCUUUUAGAGUGGCGGGAUGCCUGUUAUCUGGAAAAAAUGGCAUGAGAAGGAAGGAUCAGCAAUCGCGACUGUCGCACAGCCAGUGGUGGCUAAAGACUUAAGAGAUUUAUCUGAACAAUAUAGCAUUGAUUUCUAAAUGUCUUGGCCACGUGAGGAUCCUGACGGAGACGCCACCUGAACAGGAUGAGCGUCAAUGGAAGAAGGAUUCCAACUUGAACAACAGACCCAGACCUUGCGCGAAGAAAAGCACAACAAACCAGAGAAGCGGCAAAGCAGCUUGCCAUGAAAAGCAUCCCAACUGGAGGCUGAUGCCCCCAAAGCUGUGAGAGCCAAGGCGCUAAGAGGACUCCUGCAGAAUGGCAACCCUCAACGGCACUCACUGGAACGAGACCACAGCCGCGUCCCAGCACCUGGGCUUCCAAGUGCAGAAAAUCUACCCUUUCCACGACAACUGGAACACCGCCUGCUUUAUUAUUCUGAUUAUCUUCAUCUUUACAGUAGUUUCCCUGGUGGUGCUGGCUUUCCUCUAUGAGCUGCUGGACUGCUGCUGCUGCGUGAAAAAUAAAACUAUGAAAGAUCUGGAGAAUGAACCCAACCCUGUCAGGGCCGUGCUAAACAGCUUCAGAAAGCGCGAAACAGAGGUGGUGUAGGAAGGACUGGGCAGCGGUGCCUGAGGAAGGUUUAACGCCUUGAACAAAGCAGCUCGCACCUUAUGGAUGAGCAAGUCACACAUUUUUCUUUUAGACUUAAAAACAACAUCGACAGUUCCUGUUUUAGCUCUGGAUGUGAACAUGGAUAAUCAGCAAAGGUUUUUCCAAGUGCUUAGCAAAAGGAUGGUCUGUUGCAGUGUUAUGGGGGAAGAAAAGAUUGUUGUUUUAAAAUGAACUUCUCUUGUUUGUAUUGAGUUACUAGCGUAGAUCUUUGUCUAUCUGAACGAACAAAUGUUGUCUAACGUGCAUAAAACUGUUGCUUAACAAAACUGCUCAACAAUCGGAUCAAGCCCAGCACACAGACACAGCAGUGCCCCCCCAGGGGGGUGAACCACGCGGAGAUGGGAGAGGCGCAUGAGGGGUGAGAAAAAAUACAGGAGAUCCGAGCGCUGAAGGGCGAGAGAGGAGACACGAGAGGCCUGUGUGAAUUCUUGCCUUCAGCAGCUCUUCUUGUUAUGGGUUCCUUGCUUUGGAGGGUGCUGGGAGGAAAAGUAAGCCAUCGUGGAAUUUGUCACUAAAAUAGUCUUUCCUGGCCUCUCGUGGUACAAUUCAACCCCUGCUCUCUCCCUUCUCCCGUUCCAGAGAACUGCUCUCCUCACACUUCAUAUUUGAGCAGUUUUACCAGCUCCUGGGUGUUGAGGCACAACUAACGCUCUCAGACCUCUAGCUCACCAGGUUAUUUUUCUGUUGCAUCUAUUGCUUUUCAAACCACAGAAGUUUAGGAGUUACAAGUAACAACUGUAAUAAUAGCGUCCAACAGUGUGGCCACAGGUAAUGGUCAGCGAUUCCUUCAUGCUCCUGAACUCACAGAGAAACAGGCCUGUGAGAAAUGUCCCAAUCAGACAAGGGCUACACGUGGGACAACACAUUUCACUAGAGAAAAGCCAAAUAAUAUCCCUGUCAUUAGGGAAACGAAACCCACCUAACCAUCAAACGGACAAGUAAGCUACAACACUCAAAAACGCCUUUGUGCUAUGGCCACUACUUGUAAUUAUAUAUAUAUAUAUUUGGGGUUUUUUUUAAUAUAAACUCCAUCAGGUUGGUACGCUUAAGCUCCAGGUGAUCUGAACACACUAAAAUACUUAAUUUGAUUCCCGCUCUUCCUGGUUGGUGAGCUGGUGUCACAAGGUGGCCAGACCACAGGUUAGUACCAGCGGAUCGAGUCCAGGGAUUCACCGGGAGAAGCCAAGUCCCUCCUGCAACCACAGAACGACAACGGCCACUGCAACCGUUCGUCUCCGAUACGCUUGUUACAGUUAAUUUUUAACGUGCAGAGGACGCUUUAAGCUAAAAAUCUAACUAUAAGCACAAUUAAUUGAUGUCCCGAAUACAAGACAAUUUAGGAUUCAGGCCCAGACAGACAAUAAUGCCUUCUGCUGUCAGGGAUACAGGGCAGGUGCCUCAUUACCUUCUGCUGUAUUUGCCAGCGCCAGCCCCAAAAGACAGGUGUCCUGCUCAAGAGCAGCCAGCAGGACGAACCAAAUUAACUAACCAGCGUCUUUCCUGAAAGGAAACCCUCUGGACGGAGACAGAACUGCGUUCCACCUGCAGCGCUCCAACACCGCGCUCACCACCGCUGCCGGUCUCUGCUGCGCCGGCUCCGGGGCCUCGCGCCUUCCCGAGAAGCACAGGCAGCGAAAACGCUUGGGACUCAUCCCGUCUCACGGGUGUCUGUAGGCAGCUGGGUGUCCGCACAAGGAGCACAAGGUAAAGAUCUCCCUCACACAGAAUGUGCCAGAGAAGCGAAGCUGUGAAACAGCUCCUGGAGAUUUCAGCUCUGGGUUUCUGAUGGCUACGAUCACCGAGACAAAGGUCUUGGGGUAAAGACUAAGACCUUAGCCACAACUUAUUCGAUCAAUAAAAAGAAAUAAACAGA